AUGGUUUUAAUGCGAGAUUUGUUGAUAAAAUCAUCGGCCUUGAAUAUUGAGAUUCUUAAACUAAUUUGUAUACUUUGUGUGACAGUCUCGAAGAUGUUUCUACCGAUUUUAUUAUUGCUGAAUUUAUUAUUGGAUGUGAAAGGCGAUAGUUGCCUAAGUAAUAAUGACUUGGCUGGCCUUGUUCUUGGCACAUCACUUGCAACUCUUCUAAUUACUGGUUGUAUUACCAUAUUCACUUGUUUUCUUGUACGAAAACGACAGCUAGCAUUUGACACAAAAAGAAAACGAGAAAAUUUUACAGUCAUUACUCCUGAUGUUGAGAAAGCUAACCAAAGAAAAAGUGAAGCAAUUCACGAAAAUGGAGACAUUGAAAUGGAGAAUAAAACAACCGAAUCAAAACCCACAUUCAAGGUCGAUAAGGUCUUAUUGGUCCACCUCGCUUUUGACGCCAUCCAUCACAUGGUUCAAGUAACGAAAUAUGUAUCAGCUGUCGUGUUUGGGCGACGACUUGUCCCAAUCAGCGAAGGUGUAUGCGAUCAUGCGAGAUUUUAUCCGUGA